UCGUGAGAUGCUCGAUGACCUGGUAGAUGACCAAGAUUGGUUUGAUGAGGACUUUGGGCUGCGCUGUAGCAAGGUGCAGCAGCCAGUGCAGGAGGCCCAGUCUACGAAGGAUGUGCCUCUAAAAAUCCAAAGGGAACCUCAUUUUGCUGUACAUCAUGAUGCUUUAGAGGUUGAGAAGAUGGUUGAUGUGGCGGCUGAGGAAGUUGCAGGAUCUUGGCCAUGAUCCAGGAGAUCUACAAAUACCCCCAGACUAUCUUGAGAAUAAUAAAUGGAAAGAUGUAGAGAGUGUGAGCAAAAGAGCUUAUUGUGAGAUCUUCAUUUCUAAUGAGGUUAUGAAGUUGUUUAGAUUCUACAAAGAGCAAUAUCAGAAAACAGACUGGCAGAAGGUGAAGACAUUUGACAGGAGAAAACAUGAACGGGUGGACCAUAUUUUGUCGUAUGGUGAAUUUGUGAAGAAGACCGAAGCUGAACUCAGUAAAGAUUUUGAUGUUGCCAGCUCAACCUCCACCAAACCGCCGAUUAAAACUCUGUACUCCACUGCUACUGAGCAGAUGACGAUGAAACCGCUGUCUCAGCAGAAGUAA